AUGAAGCAAAAUACCGAUAUCUGUACGUGUGCUAUGAUCGUUACAUUGAUAUCCCCCUUUGGUGGUAAAUCCACCAAUCAGAUUAGUCAAAUAACGGGUAUUUCACCACGCACGAUUAACUCAAUUUAUAGUAGAGCGUGCCAACAAGGCUUCGAUCCCAACUCGCCUACUAUUAAAUUACUUCCUAUAUACUUAGAGGAUACCCCACGCGUUAGCCGCCCUCGUAAACAAGAGGAUAUCCAUAAAGCUACCCUUAAAAAAGUACACCGCGAUAGGUACAGUAGAGAGAAAACCUACGCGGAUAUAGCUAGUAACCUUAGAAUUCAAGGCUACAACGUUUCAUCCACUACCAUUUAG